AACCCCUUCACCUGACCCCGUCUCAACAUUUCCCCCCCAUAUACGGAGGAAAGCAAACAAUACCGACAUCGGAAAGUCCUGAGAUUUUCCAAACUUGAUCAUGGCGCCGACACCACCUUCCUCUAGUGGUCACUCUCCUCAGGAUGCUAACACUCAAAGCUCAAAGGAGUUUAGGGUUGUCAAGAAGCGCAAUCGUGUACCCCUCUCAUGCGCUCCCUGUCGUAAUAGAAAAUUGAAAUGUAAUCGCUCACACCCCUGUGAAAAUUGUACUCGCCGUGGAGACCCCUCGACCUGUACUUACGCGUCAACUCCCAAUGGCCCCAGCCGCGCCCGGAAGCAAUCAGCUGGGUCGAAUGGAUUUUCCUCAGAUGAGAUGCAGUCACGAAUCGACCGCCUGGAGGGGCUGGUCCUAAGGUUGAUGGGUUCGGGUGGCAAUCAUGUUUCUUCGCCACCGGACCGGGAAACAUCAGCGAGCACUGAUGACGGAACAAAUAAGAACAAGUGCUGCGAUGACGAUGAUGAUGUCGGAAUGGGUAGUGUCCAUGGGGACGAGAAGCGUCGGGGUGAAGGAGAAAGCGAUGAAGAUGUGGAAGAGGUGCGAAGUGCCUUGGGAAUCAUGAAGGUGGACCAGGGAAAGAGUUACUAUAGGGGUGAAACCCACUGGGCAGCAAUUUUAUCGGAGAUAUCUGAAGUUAAAAACUUCUUCAAUGAAGUAAAACAAAAUUGGGAGGAAAAAUUAGCACACAUGAAGGCCAAGAAUGCGGGCCCCAACAAGCUCGACCGCACAGGAUUCCCGUUUAGCGCUGGAAAACUUCCCAGCAGACAAGAGCUUUUGUCAUUAGUGCCACGUCGAGAGUUGGUUGAUCUAUUGGUAGAUGGUUUCUUUAGGAACUAUGAUCCUAUAUUUCAUGUCCUUCACCGGCCCACAUUUUACAAACAAUACGAAGACUUUUGGCGGGAUCCGACUCAGGUUGAUCUCAUUUGGUUAGGACUUUUGAUGGCGAUAAUGUGCCUCUCAUUGAAAAUCUACCAUUAUUCAGGGGAAGAGCCUCCUGAAAUAUCUGGCAAAACGCAAGAGAUGUCGUACGCAUUUAGGCUAGCAACUGAGCAGUGUUUGAUUGUGGGGGAGUUUACUAAAAAGAUGUAUAUUCAUACUGUACAGGCUUUGAUUCUAGUGUGCACAUGGCAGACUAGUAAGGACCACGUCGACGAAUCAUGGCUAUUUCAGGGUCUACUGGUCCGGAUUGCGAUGUGUAUGGGGCUUCAUCGCGAUCCAAUGCAAUUUGGAUCUACCAUCACACCCAGCGAGGCGGAAAUUCGGAGAAGGAUAUGGACAAUGAUCUGCUGUAUGGACGUUCUUGAGUCAAUCAAGAUUGGAUUACCAUCCAUGAUAAGGCAGGAGGAAUGCGACACACGUUUGCCGAUGAAUCUUCACGAUGAUGAGGUUGGCGAAGGGGUUGAUGUUCUGCCACCGGAAAGGCCAAGAGAGGAGCUUACCGGCGUCUCGUACAUGAUCGCCAAGGCAUCUAUGUCUAAAGUGUACUCUCGCAUAGUGGCUCAGACCAGUUCGCUUGAGCCUAGGCCCGCGUACGACCAAAUUCUCAAGAUGGAUGCCGAGAUUCGAGAAAUGCAUGCUGCGGUCCCUCCCUUUUUGCGACUGAAACCUACGGAAGAAUGCAAAGAUGAUCCGGCAUGGCUGAUCAUCCAGCGCUACAACCUAGAUCUCAUUGCCCACAAGGCCUUGGCUACAUUGCACAGGCCAUAUGCAGCCAGAGCAGAGCAUAAUCCACGGUAUGAGGGGAGUCGGCAGAAGUGCGUGGAGGCUGCUCUAGUGUUAUUACGACAUCAAGCCGAGAUAAUACUGGAUACACAGAGCACCCUGAAGCAUGCAAGAUGGUUUACAGAGGGCCUUGGAUGUCAUGACUUUUUGCACGCUGCAAUGAUAAUAUGCCUAGACCUCAGCACUCAAUGCAGGAUAGCGAGGGAUCGAAGUAAAACUCAAGGGGAACAAGGCUUCCUGCUAGGUGCUAGGGAAAGAGCCGAGCAAUACAACGUUCUCGAAAAAGCCCGACUCAUCUACGAAAAGCAACGGGAUACAAGCAUAGAUGCCACCAAGGCCUACGGCGUCCUAACCGUGAUGCUUGACAAGAUCCGUGGGGGCCCCGGCUACUUCGACUUCUCACUCGGAUGUCCAAUCGAGGCACGCAAAGCCGUCGAGAAAAACGGAGCCGCCCCAACGCCCCAAGGCUCCAUACCCCCCAUCACUGGUGGCACACCGGUCUUCGCAACACCCUCGCCAUCCUCUUCAGAAGCACCUCAAGCACCUCCCAAUCCAGCAAAAAGCGAUACAGCCGCGAUGUCUUUAGGCCUUGUCGGCCAGAGUGUGCUAUCGCCCAACGCCGCCGCGGCAGUGCUCUACAGCGCCAGGACACCGGGAGGCCACAACGUAAUCAUGGAUGACGCGAGCAAUACUGAAUAUGGCGCAUCACCGAGCGAGAGUUCAAGCAUGUCGCAAUUUUGGCCGCAGAGUGGAGUAGAUAUACCAAGCGGCCUGGACUGGAACGAAUGGGACAACUUCAUGCAAGGUAUAAACCUUGAUUCAAACCAAAGUCCCGCAUGGCCAAUGAUGACCGCACUCCCAGGCCCACCCCAGCAACCGCUACUCAAUCCAGACGGCACGUACCGAGUUUCCCCAUCAUCCGCCGCCACCCCAACAAACACGGCACCAGCUAGCACAUCAACCGCUCCAGGUGAUGCGACAGGAGGGGGAGGUGGGGGGGGGGGCCAAGUGCCCGCUGGAUCAGGCCUGCCAACGAGCACGACGGGAUAUUUUGUCACGGAAGGGAUGGAUAUUGGGUCGUUGCUGAAAUGAUAUGACUCUCCGUGCAAAGGAACGGAGGUGAUAUGUAUUGCUAGGGCAGCACUAGGGUUACUGUGUGAUUUUACCAGGAGAGUCGGAAGGCAAUGGGGGGGUUCAUUAUCUCCUGUAACUACUUAACUCUAUUGUAAUCUGGGUAUUCAAGGGAUGCUGGGGGGCAGCGGGAGUUAAUAAAUAAAUACUCAACUCU